AUUUACAGAAGCAACUCCAAGUUCCCCGACCAAAGAUCCGGAGUCACUUAACGAUCAAGGUGCAGUCCAAACUGAUGUCAAAGCCUUGUCCCUCUACCCGGGGUCCCAAACCUCCCACCGCUCCAAAGCCCAGACCCUCCUCAUCUGAGACAGAGGCAGAGGAGGAGCAAUGCCCCCCUCACUGUCUGAGAAAUGGAGACUUGACCUCCUCAGAGGGGGAACCUGAGGACUACCAGGAAGGGUCAGAGGACCCCAUACCCCACUCCACAGAUCACAGCCAGGAGGAAGCAGCACCAGAGGAAAUCCUUAAUGACAAUGACAUCACAGAUUAUAGUGAGAAGGAGAAUGAGCAGGAGGAGAAGGGGGAUGAGGUAGAGCGAGCGAGAGAGACGUUGAGCAAUGCAUCCGAAAUGGAAAACACUAGUGCAUCUGACACUCAAAUUGCUGUAGAGGAGCAAAAAUGUACAGCAAUAGAUGACUUGAACCCACCUGAGAGUGACAAUGAUGGCACAUCUGUGGACCCUGAAAAUCAUCCAGAGUGUGACAAUGUGUUUCUGUGUGAGAGAGGAGAUGAGGAAGGAGGGGGAAUCAAAGAGGAGGAGGAAGAUAAUCAGAGUUUAACUGAGGAGACUGAAACAUCUGAGGAACCUAUAGGGUACCCAGAAGAAGAUGUUGAAGAACCAGAAGAUCAUGGUACCACCCCUAGUCAGCCUGCUGCAGACACUGACAGUGGGCUUGAAAAGGAAGUCAGCGCCCCUGGUGGUGAAUAUUUGCAGUGCAAGUUACCCACUGAUGAGGCUGAAGAGGAAGCCGAGGAUCUCUUACUGGGAGCACGAUGCUGUACACUCCCACCCGUCGGCGAGGAGUAUCCCUAUGAUGUGAUUGGCCCCUCAGAUGAGCCUGUUUACACAUGUGACACUGGUGAGGCCGGUGACACAGGUGUGUGGCAGCCUGAGCGUGCCACCAAGGACCCCUCUGGCCAUUUCCGUUUCUCUGGCAGCACUGAGGAUGUGUUUGGGCCUUACUCCGUCAUCGAGGCAGUGCCUGCUAAUAGGAUGAGCACCGCUGACCCUGAGGUGAAUCACGAUGGUACAUGCUGUGGUGACAAACCACAAACUGCAAAGGAGAUGGACACAGCAGGCACCUCUAACCAAGAGCCUUAUUAUGUGUCAUCGGACGAUGUGGCAGAGCUAGAGGAUAAACGGAGAGAGAGUGAGGUCCAGGACAGUCCUGAACAGUCCAGCCAAUACAGAGAAACAGCCAAGGAGGAUGUGGAUGAAUACGCAGACAUCGAUGACUCCCUCUGCCCCGAGGCCCAUGACUUUCAGCAGCUGGAGGGUGCCUCAUCAGAAGACUAUGUGGAGAUUGGGGACGAUGAUGAGACGGAUGACACGGAGAGGAAGCAGAUCAGAGGGAGGAGUGUGAAAAAGAGAACAGCCAAGCGGGAGCAGGCUUUCUUCAGCCAGCGGAACAGCUGCCAGCCCCGUCUCAGGCUGUGUAACAUCACAGUGCCAGCAGACCUGGACCGGACACGGACCCCAGAGCUCACCAACAGGGUGGUGUUCGCCCACACCACAGAGGCCUUCGAGGAGGACAUUGAGGAGAUGGACUGCCACAUCGUACCUUAUCACGAGGACUCAGACUCAGACAGUGAGGAGCACAUCUAUGAGGAGGCCGGCUUUGACUCUGAGGGAGAGAACUUUAUCUCUCUGGACCGGAAGAGCAUUGUGACACGGUCACGCUCUUACUCUGGGAAGAUUUCGGGUUAUGUCCCUGAGACGGUUCCUGAGGAGACAUCAGAGUACCAGAGUACUUAUGACUACUGUACUGUGGCCUUAGACCAGAACGGAGAACCUCUGCGACGUCCUGAGCAGCCUGAGGUCAACAGACUCAUCCCCUCGCUGAAGCCACGCCACUUCCUACUAUACCCACACUCGUACUCCGCAGAGGGUCGAGAACUGUCAUUGGGAGCUCACACAGAGGCCAACCAAUCACUGAAGGAGGAUCGUAGGAUGAAAAGGACAGAUGACACCCUCUCUCUGCCAUGUGUUAUCACUUCUUCCGGAAGCUUCUCUAAGCGGAGCCACCAGUCGUCCAGCGACGUUUCCACGCCAACCUCUCUGAUGGACAUCCCACCUCCCUUUGAGCUGGCUUACAUCACCAAGAGACCGGUCACUAAGAGCUCCCCAUCCCUUCUGAUCAGCGUCUCUCCUGAGUCCACAGACAACAAGCACAAGAAGAAGAAGUCCUCAUUCAAGCGCUUCCUGGCCCUGAAGUUCAAGAGGAAGACGGACACUAAAGGCUUUGGUGACGGGAGCAUACGCUCCUCGCGCUCCUCCUCUGAGUCCAGCCACCAUGGCCCAACGAGAAUCCUGGAACUGGAGCGCAGGAGCACUGGCUCCCCUCAGCCCCAGUCCCAGUCCCGUAUGGUGAAGCCCCAGCAGCGCCCUCCAGACCUUCCCUCCACCUUCCUGCUCUACAAAGACCUCAGGAAAGAAGACCCUAAAGCCUAUGGUAGCAGGGGCGUGUCCAGGGUGGAGUCCUUCGAGGAGCGCUCCCGCCGCCCCCUCAUGCCUCUCCCCCUGACCAAACCUCGCUCAAUCUCCUUCCCCAGUGCAGACACUUCUGACUAUGAGAACAUCCCAGCUAUGAGCUCUGACUAUGAGAACAUCCAGAUCCAUCCUGGAGGGAGACCCACCAGAUCCAUGAAAGUCACAGAUUUCUUUGAGGACCCCAAACGCAUGGCGGCACCCUCCAAUGAGACCGAUGGCUAUGUGGAUAUGAACAGCUUCCCUGGGAUCGACAGCAAACCCCAGUCACCUGAGCAGGAGCCUGAAAGGUACAUUCAUUUAUUAUACUGUGGAACAAAUUCAUGAUCAUGGAUGUUGGGCCUCUUCAGUGGUUGUCUGAACUGAAAAAUAAGCCCAUAGAUAGUAUACAGUCUGCAGUAGGGUUGCAACAUUCUGGUAACUUUCCCAAAAUUCCCUCGUUUUACAGAAAUCCCAGUUGGAUAAUUCCUAGAAUCCAGAGGGAAUAAGCAUGAAAUCCUAAAAUACUCUUACAGGGAUUUCUGAAAACCUUGUAAUUUUGAUAAGUUUUGCAACCCUAGUCUGCAGAGAGGGCUCUUCCCCAUAAACACUCUCCACACACUGUUCUCCAGUGGACUGGUUUGGCCAGGCUCCAUCACUUCAACAUUGCAAUCUCCAGACCAGCUAAUAGAUAACUGUAUCUCAAAUGAACAGCGGCUCCUGGCUGUCCAGACUUCUCUUUCUUGGAGAUUGUUGUGUUCUGUGAGAGAUGAGCAGCCUGAUUUGAUGAGGCUCGUUCGGUUUGGGAAGAUGGACAAUGCUUGUGGAAGAGCUUAUCCCACUUUCUAAUUUUCUGGAUUUCAAGGUCGCAUCUGGUGUUAGCUUCAUAGUGUGCCUGAGGGGAUGGAAUAGCUCACAGACACUGAACACUGUAGACAGAGCUCAGGUUUAUUCACAAUAGAAGUAAUUAUGGGUUACAAUUAAAAGUGAAAGAGAGUGUGUGGGUGGGUGGGAGAGAGAGAGAGGGAGAAAGAGAGAGAGAGGGUGAGAGAGGGAGAGGUACUGUAGAAAGCAGGACAAGGAGACUGAGAUUACGAAAGAUGAGAGAGAAGGAGGGAAAGGUGUGAUGAGCAACAGAAAGUGGAUGAAGAAAGAGAGGGAGAGCCAUGGAAAUGAGACAGAGAUGGCAGAAAACGAGAAAGAAGGGGGAAGAGUAAGAGUGGGUUGGUUUAAUUGCUCUCCUGUUCCUGACAUUUGUGGUUAAGUUUAGGAUCGCUUUUAUUAGUGCCUCUCUUUCAUUGAGCCCUGGAGGGAUGGAAAGAUUUACAGCAGAGAGAGAUAGAGAUAGGAGGAGCAAUCACUGGGACCUGCUAGGACCAAAUGACCCUCUCUCUGGUCUCUGCCACCACUCUCUACAGCCAGCCCAGGCCACCCGCAGUCACAGUUAGACACCUGUUUGAUGGCUGGUGUGUGUUCAUAGGGACAGGCCAUUACUACAGGCCUCUUAACAGCUUUUUAAAGAAUUUUCACACCAGUUCCUGGGAAAUUGCCACAGCUGCCAUUUAUGGUUGCUUCAUGCAAAGUUGCUUAUUUCCCAUGCAUAUUUGACCCAUAGUCCCGUGUAAGUGCUCUUUUAGAAGAGGCUACAGUAAGCCAGUAUGUUUUCUCAGAGGGAAGCCUUUCUCACAAAACCAGGCUUAUUGUCGACUUCAGAGGCACUGCGAGUCUCUGUGGAUGAAUUCCAUUCCCUAUCAUGAUCAAUGACCUCACUGUUUAUUUUGGAGUUUGUUGGAAACCAAUGUGCCACACGUUUGAAUCUCCUCCAUUUCUCAGACAAUAGUCCCCCAGAGCAGGAUCUUUUUCUGCUGCUGACGUUAUCUAUUGGGCUCAUUGUUUGGUGGAGGUCUGAAAUCUAACUGAUCUAUAGAGCCCUAUAUGUCCUGUCGCCUCGCCUCGGCUGCAUUCUCCCUGGAGAGACUUCUGUUGCCGGGGAUGCUGUGUCUGUUUUGUGUCUGUGCUGUGCAUUCGUGUGUAUGUGUGUGUGUUUUCCUGCUAAGCUCUUGCUGAAGGGUUGACAUUGCCACUGUCCUAGCCCGGCAGACCGAUGAUGGCAGGGUGAUUUAUUGAGCAUGUAUUCAGAAGUUAACACUCUUCUCUCACCACCCAACAGAGAGGAUCGGGACUGUUGAGGAAAGAGGGACCAAGGGACAGUGGGCUGACGUGAGACAAGGGGAUAAUACCCACAAAAGAAGGAAAAUAGUUACCACAAAGUUAGAAUGUUUCUACAGCAUACAAUAUUUUACACCAGGUUUGAUUAAUGUACAGUUCAAACACUGUUUAGCAGAGAAAGGCAAAGAAAAUCACAUUUUAUUUGUAAGUGUAAACAUAGGCAGGGUAAAGAAAUGCAAAGUAAGAAUAUAUGCAGCUAUUAAUUAAUGUGUGUGCCUGCCUGUUUAAACUAGGGUUCUGCUGGUUCAGAGCUGGAACUCAUUGAGUCUGACUGAGACUGUCUUGCUAACCUAGCUGGCAAGGAAGGCGUCUUGGCGGUACUUGUGUUCGUUUCAGGGGGCAGUCAAUGUGCUCUGUGAUGACUCUGUAUCAUGCAGUACCAGUCAGAUCAACAGCACCAAUUAACCAAUGUCAUCCCACUGGAAUAACCCCACAACAGACCAAACCACAAUAGUCAAGACUGCCAUUGUAUAUAAUUUUGCUGCUCUUGUUAUAGAUAUAUGUAGUCAUUUAACUUAGACCUGGCAAUUAUUCUUAUUUCUUAUGGUAAAAGACUUCAACUGGACCUUGGGAUACAGCAGUAUGAUGGGUAAUUCCCUACUGCAGCCUCUAGUGUAUCCUCUGGUUUGUAGUUCCUCUCUGCCUCUGUGCUGUGUUGUCUUAGUUCUGCACAGAGAUGUCCUGAGUGCAUUGUUGUAGAGGGCGGUGGCUGUCCACUGUGGCGUGGUGGCUGGGUGGGCUCUGGGGCGGCAGGGCUGUGGGGCGGCAGGGCAGGGCGUGGGGUACAGCAGGAGCCAGGCCCUCUGAGGUCAUUGCCAGGUAAUCCCCAGGGAGGAAGAGUCCUGCCUUAUAGGCUUCCACUCCACCCUGCUGUUUACAGGAAAUGCAGGACAAGGGCGGAGGGAGCGAGGGAGACAGGACUGAGGGGAAGGGGGAAGAUGGAGGCGAUGGGGGUCACCAUGGUGGGGUGAGGUGUGAGGGGGAGGCAGGGUGGAUGUUCCCAUACUCCCCCAGGACUGGAACAACAAGACGAGGUGUGGUGUUGUCAGGAAUGUCAGGUCCGACCUAGAACUAGAAUGUGCUGUUGUUGUCUUCACUAGUAGAACAGAGGAGUGGUUACUGUAAAGAGUCAGUGGGACCCAGUCUUGACAAUUUCAGCAGGAUUCCUACAGUUAUGACAAAACCAGGCCCCACUCAAUAGAGAAAUAGCCUGUCAGAUGCUUUCCUGUUGUUUGUGUUGAUGCUCUAUCAUGGCAGUCACAGUCAGGGGCCAGGCUCUUAGCAUUCUACCUCAUACAACACUGUCAGACAACUAGCAGCACAACAGCCAUAGAUCACACAUAAUGAUCAACAUAAGCAGCUCAAAACAAUUUAAAACAGUUCUUAUGUUUUUAAAUCCCCAUCUGCGUUUACAUUUCCCAUGUCGAGUCAACUAACGACCGUAUUUCAGCUUUUCCUAUUUUCUUUAAUAGUACUAUUACAAAGACAGAAAAUACCCUCCUGAUUGCAUCUAAUACAUAUUUUAAUACUCAAUGUUUUACAUAUUACAUGCCCCAACUAAUCCUUGGAAAAGGGGGACAUGUAGGUAUUUUUAUAGAAAAUCACUUUUGAAUUUGUCACAGUAGAUUUAACUCCCAGGUAUUAAAAAAGACACUGGUUGCAAAGGCAAAGAGAUUGCUGGCAUAAUUAUAUUUCUGUGUAAUGAGCAUUUUAAAGUCUUUCAAGUAUUGUUCGUAUGAAGCAGUUUUGCUGAUGGCUAAAUUAUAUAGUGUGAUUGAGGACAGAUAUUACAUAUGGAACCAGGGAAACAUUUUAGAAUUUUAAAUGUGGUAUAAAUCAUGAUAAUAAACCAUUACAUUUCGGCUUCCUAUUAUAACAGAGGUUGAGCAGGAAAUCACUCUUGGUGACUCUGGUGAGAAAUGACCCUCAGUGGGCACUAAAAUGCUAAUAUUUCAAUCUAACUGUUCAGUGAUGGUUUAUACAUAUUGUCACUAAUGUAGCUCUCUACUACUGUAUUCCUACAGUGAGGGAAAAAAAUAUUUGAUCCCUUGCUGAUUUUAUAUGUUUGCCCACUGACAAAGAAAUGAUCAGUCUAUAAUUUUAAUGGUAGGUUUAUUUGAACAGUGAGAGACAGAAUAACAACAAAAAAAUCCAGAAAAACGCACGUCAAAAAUGUUAGAAAUUGAUUUGCAUUUUAAUGAGGGAAAUAAGUAUUUGACCCCCUCUCAAUCAGAAAGAUUUCUGGCUCCCAGGUGUCUUUUAUACAGGUAACGAGCUGAUUAGGAGCACACUCUUAAAGGGAGUGCUCCUAAUCUCAACUUGUUACCUGUAUAAAAGACACCUGUCCACAGAAGCAAUCAAUCAAUCAGGUUCCAAACUCUCCACCAUGGCCAAGCCCAAAGAGCUCUCCAAGGAUGUCAGGGACAAGAUUGUAGACCUACACAAGGCUGGAAUGGGCUACAAGACCAUCGGCAAGCAGCUUGGUGAGAAGGUGACAACAGUUGGUGCGAUUAUUUGCAAAUGGAAGAAACACAAAAUAAUUGUCAAUCUCCCUCGGCCUGGGGCUCCAUGCAAGAUCUCACCUCGUGGAGUUGUAAUGAUCAUGAGAACGGUGAGGAAUCAGCCCAGAACUACACGGGAGGAUCUUGUCAAUGAUCUCAAGGCAGCUGGGACCAUAGUCACCAAGAAAACAAUUGGUAACACACUACGCCGUGAAGGACUGAAAUCCUGCAGCGCCCGCAAGGUCCUCCUGCUCAAGAAAGCACAUAUACAGGGCCGUCUGAAGUUUGCCAAUGAACAUCUGAAUGAUUCAGAGGAGAACUGGGUGCUGUAUGAUCAGAUGAGAUCAGAUGAGACCAAAAUGGAGCUCUUUGGCAUCAACUCAACUCGCCGUGUUUGGAGGAGGAGGAAUGCUGCCUAUGACGCCAAGAACACCAUCCCCAUUGUCAAACAUGGAGGUGGAAACAUUAUGCUUUGGGGACAGGACAACUUCACCGCAUCAAAGGGACGAUGGACGGGGCCAUGUACCGUCAAAUCUUGGGUGAGAACCUCCUUCCCUCAGCCAGGGCAUUGAAAAUGGGUUGAGGAAUGGUAUUCCAGCAUGACAAUGUCCCAAAACACACGGCCAAGGCAACAAAGGAGUGGCUCAAGAAGAAGCACAUUAAGGUCCUGGAGUGGCCUAGCCAGUCUCCAGACCUUAAUCACAUAGAAAAUCUGUGGAGGGAGCUGAAGGUUCGAGUUGCCAAACGUCAGCCUCGAAACCUUUAUGACUUGGAGAAGAUCAGCAAAGAGGAGUGGAACAAAAUCCCUCCUGAGAUGUGUGCAAACCAGGUGACCAACUACAAGAAACAUCUGACCUCUGUGAUUGCCAACAAGGGUUUUGCCACCAAGUACUAAGUCAUGUUUUGCAGAGGGGUCAAAUACUUAUUUCCCUCAUUAAAAUGCAAAUACAUUUAUAACAUUUUUGACAUGCGUUUUUCUGGAUUUUUUUGUUGUUAUUCUGUCUCUCACUGUUCAAAUAAACCUAUCAUUAAAAUUAUAGACUGAUCAUGUCUUUGUCAGUGGGCAAACGUACAAAAUCAGCAGGGGAUCAAAUACUUUUUUCCCUCACUGUAUAUGAGACCAAUUAUGUCCUGUGUGCCUAGACACUGGUAGAGAAAGGAUAGUACUAUGAGAUAUUAUUGGAGAAGCUGAGCAUUUUGAUACAGGAUCAGGUGCAGAAGUUAAGCUUUUACUUAUAGAUGAAUAUGAUGGUCCACAUGUACAAUUGGCAAUAUUUACAAAUAAUCACAAAUAUUUCAAACUGCUCAAUAAUACUUAAAUGAAAAGGAAAUUACUUGGAGCAGGCAAACCUGUCUAUUCCAUUGAGACUCAGGUUGGGGUAUACCAUGCUCACGUCAGCCUCCCCUCACAUUUACCACACCGAAUUUGCCGAAGAUCAAAACAGGCGCUUAUGCCCCUGCCUGGGACAUACCACUGUCAAAAUUACAAUGAAUCACUUAACUGUGGUCCUCUGUAGCUUAAUUGGUAGAGCAUGGCGCUUGUAAUGCCAGGGUAGUGGGUUCGAUCCCCGGGACCACCCAUACGUAAAAAAAUGUAUGCACGCAUGACUGUAAGUCGCUUUGGAUAAAAGCGUCUGCUAAAUGGCAUAUUUUUAUAUUAACUGGUAAUCAAUGUAAAAGGCAUGUUAAAAAAUCCUUCAUUACAUUGUAUAAUAAUAAGCAGACAUAAUCUUCAUCGGAACCCGUUCAUAAAAUAAAUGUAAUUUAAUUCACUAUUCACAGUUGACUCCUUUAUAAUAUUGGCACCCUUUCAGGAUGGCGACAUGACUACAGGAAUGCGCUCGCUCCCAUAACUUUUUACAUGUACCGGACAUUUGAAACAGACAAGAGCUCCUCCAAGGACUAAACACCAAACAAGUUUCCUACACAUGGGAAACUAUUGAGCAUGAAAAUAACACAAACCGGUGCACCUACUACCAUACCUGUUCAAAGGCACUUAAAUACUUUGUCUUACCCAUUCACCCUCUGAAUGGCACACAUACACUAUCGGUCAAAAGUUUUAGAACACCUACUCAUUCAAGGUCUUUUCUUCAUUUUUACUAUUUUCUACAUUGUAGAAUAAUAGUGAAGACAUCAAAACUAUGAAAUAACACAUAUGGAAUCAUGUAGUACCCAAAAAAGGGUUAAACAAAUCAAAUUAUAGAUUCUUCAAAUAGCCAACCUUUGCCUUGAUGACAGCUUUGCACACUCUUGGCAUUCUCUCAACCAGCUUCCCCUGGAAUGCUUCUCCAACAGUCUUAAAGGAGUUCCCACAUAUGCUGAGCACUUGUUGGCUGCUUUUCCUUCACUCUGCGGUCUGACUCAUCCCAAGCCAUCUCAAUUUGGUUAAGGUCGGAGGAAUGUGGAGGCCAGGUCAUCUGAUGCAGCACUCCAUCACUCUCCUUCUUGGUAAAAUAGCCCUUACACAGCCUGGAGGUGUGUUGGGUCAUUGUCCUGUUGAAAAACAAAUGAUAGUCCCACUAAGCCCAAACCAGAUGGGAUGGCGUAUCGCUGCAGAAUGCUGUGGUAGCCAUGCUGGUUAAGCGUGCCUUGAAUUCUAAAUAAAUCACAGACAGUGUCACCAGCAAAGCACCCCCACACCAUAACACCUCCUCCUCAAUGCUUUACGGUGGGAAAAACACAUGCGGAGAUCAUCCGUUCACCAACACCGCGUCUCAUAAAGACACGGCGGUUGGAACCAAAAAUCUCAAAUUUGGACUCCAGACCAAAGGACAGAUUUCCACCGGUCUAAUGUCCAUUGCUCGUGUUUCUUGGCCCAAGCAAGUCUCUUCUUAUUAUUGGUGUACUUUAGUAGUGGUAUCUUUGCAGCAAUUCGACCAUGAAGGCCUGAUUCACACAGUCUCAUCUGAACAGUUGAUGUUGAGAUGUGUCUGUUACUUGAACUCUGUGAAGCAUUUAUUUGGGCUGCAAUUUCUGAGGCUGGUAACUCUAAUGAACUUAUAAUAUAAUAUAAUAUAUUAUGCCAUUUAGCAGACGCUUUUAUCCAAAGCGACUUACAGUCAUGUGUGCAUACAUUUUUACGUAUGGGUGGUCCUGGGGAUCAAACCCACUACCCUGGCGUUACAAGUGCCAUGCUCUACCAAUUGAGCUACAGAGGACCACCUCUGCAGCAGAGGUAACUCAGGGUCUUCCAUUCGUGUGGCGGUCCUCAUGAGAGCCAGUUUCAUCAUAGCGCUUUAUGUUUUUUGCGACUGCACUUGAAGAAACGUUCGAAUUUCUUGAAAUGUUCCGUACUGACUGACCUUCAUGUCUUAAAGUAAUGAUGGACUGUCGUUUCGCUUUGCUUAAUAUGGACUUGGUCUUUUACCAAAUAGGGCUAUCUUCAGUAUACCCCCCCUACCUUGUCACAACACAACUGAUUGGCUCAAACACAUUAAGAAGGAAAGAAAUUCCACAAAUUGACUUUUAAGAAUUCACACCUGUUAAUUGAAAUGAAUUCCAGGUGACUACCUCAUCAAGCUGGUUGAGAGAAUGCCAAGAGUGUGCAAAGCUGUCAUCAAGGCAAAGGGUGGCUAUUUGAAGAAUCUCAAAUAUAAAAUGUAUUUUGAUUUGUUUAACACUUUUUUGGUUACUACAUGAUUCCAUAUGUGUUAUUUCAUAGUUUUGAUGUCUUCACUAUUAUUCUGCAGUGUAGAAAAUAGUACAAAUAAAGAUAAACCCUUGAAUGAGUAGGUGUUCUAAAACUUUUGACUGGUAGUGUACACAAUCCAUGUCUCAAUUGUUUCAAGACUUCUUUAACCUGUCUCCUCCCCUUCAUCUACACUGAUUGAAGUGGAUUUAAUAAGUGACAUCAAUAAGGGAUCAUAGCUUUCACCUGGAUUCACCUGGUCAGUCUAUGUCAUGGAAAGAGUUCCUAAUGUUUUGUACACUCAAUGUAUAUGCCUAGCACAUACUGUAUGGAACCAACAAAACAUAUUUACACUUUAAAUGUGGAAUUAGAUUAUGAAAGGAAACCCUUUGGGUUUCCCAUUAUAACAGAGGUUGAGCAAUAGAUUACUCCUGUGCCCAGACACUGGGGGAUAGAGAGUAUGCCUUUAGUAGCCUAGGCCUACUAUUUAAAGAGCACAAUAUUAUUGGAGAAGCUGAGAAUGGUGAUGAACUAUGGCGCAAUGAAAAGCUGAAGCAGUUUUGAUCGCAAGAAAAUGUAUAACUCCCUCUAUUUUAGAUAGCCUAGCUAUACAUUAACUAUGAGCUCAUAGGAUUCAAAGGUUCAUAGACCCUCCCCUCUCUGGCCCUCUCACCAUCACCUGGGACCCCCAGUGUGACCUGGCCCCUCAAGAGGAUAAAGGGAGGUCACAGAUGAGUAAUGCUCCUCCAGCCCAGCCAAUAGCACCAGGGCCUGUGUGAGAGCCUACAGUGUGGUAAGGGCAAGAUGAAGGAUGACUGUGUCUCUGUGAAUAUGAAGUCCAGCUGGGAACUCCUUUAACCUUUGGUACUCAGGAGCUGAGAGGGUAGAGAUGCAGUACAGGCCUGUAAUAACCUCAGUCUCUACAGAGUGAUCUGUUAUAGUCGUCAUUACAAACUGGGUGGUUUGAGCCCUGAAUGCUGAUUGGCUGACAGCCAUGGUAUAUCAGACAGUAUAUCAGGGGAUGACAAAACAUUUAUUUUUACUGCUCUAAUUACGUUGGUAACCAGUUUAUAAUAGCAAUAAGGUACCUCAGGGGGUUGUGGUAUAUUGUAAAUAUACCACUGCUAAGGGCUGUAUUCAGGCACUCCGCAUUGCGUCGUGCUUAAGAACAGCCCUUAGCCGUGGUAUAUUGGCCAUAUACCACACCCCCUCGGGCCUUAUUUCUUAAAUAUAACAUACUCAUUAUAUCCUCUACCGCAAUGUGUGUGUGUGUGUGUUUCCAUCACACUGUAUAUGUGUGUAUAUUGGUACAGCACAGUACUUCAAACAGUAUGUGUGUGUGUCCCUUUGGUCUGUCUUGCUGUGAUGAACUUGUUCACAGCAAGACCCCAAACAAACGCUUCUACUCAUGCUGUUAAUGUCCCUGCAAUCUGGCUCCAGUCAUCCAUGUUACUACUGUAGGACACACACACAGCGGAGUGGAUAAUACAUGCAAGGGCAGGGGGAUAGGUGAAUCGAAAAAUGAGCAGCAGGCUUGUAAGUGUAUUUUUUGCACUGCAGCGUCUAUAGUAAAACCUUUGCCAGUGAAUGUAAUGUCCCUCUUCUCUCCCUGAUGUUGCAGUGCCUACACUGAGCCUUUCCCAUUGAAUGAUACUCCAGCAGGGCUUUCAGCUGAAGAGGACCAUGGACGCACCUCAGAGGAGGAGGAGGAGGAGGGAGGAGUGGAGCAUGGCUUUGACAAA